UUUCCCCCCUCCUUUUUCUUUUUUGCACUCCUCUUCUUAUCCCUUUCUGAGCUUCUGAGACAAGCACAACAAAAACAAACAAUGGAUACAUUCAGCCAGGGCACGCUGAUCCGCCUCGUGUCACUCACAUCGUUUGCCAUUGUGUAUGCGCUGGGCCUCGACUUCUUCUACUUUAUUUUUAUCGCAGUGGUCUUGUUUGCGGGUCCAUUCGUAUGGAACUGGGAGAAGAACAAGAUCAAAGCCCAGCGAAUGCUCGAACUGCAGCGCCGCAUGACCAGGGCCGCCAGGACGACUGGCACUGCUUCAACGCUGUCUGCUUCUAACACUACUGCUGAUGCUAAGUCAAGCGUGGUGCCGUCGAGCGGCGCGGCCGGAGCAGAGUCUGAAUCCGAGCCUGCCGAACCCGUCUUUGGCGCGUCUUGGGACCCGGAGCGGCAGCGCGAUCGCCGCAAUGCGUAUCACGACAAGAUCAAGUCAGAACAGCAGCCGAGCUCGUCGCCGAGUGAGGCCGAGUCGACGUCGCCCGCGGCGGCAGAUGAUGCACAUACGUCGCCCGCAGCGACUCAGACAGACUCCACCGAGCCGGCCACGACAAGCAUCGCAUCGCCAGCCGAGCUGCGGAAGCGUCGACCACAGCGAGCAGACUAGCAGAGUAAAAAAAAGUACACACGCCUGUCUGUUUACUGUAUAUUUUUGUAAUCGUUGUAUUUGAGUCAAAUGUGCAUCA